UAAGAGCGCGCUGCUGUCCCUGCAGCCGCAGUUGUGUUGAGUGGAUAAAGCGAUGCGUCUGCGGAGGAUGGCGGAGCACUAAAUAAAACCCCCAAACUCGGAGAGGAGCCAAACAGAGUAACCUGACGAAAGGAAAUUCAACAUUCUGCAAGAAGGCCUCGCUCCUCAGCUGCCAGCAUGAUGAAAGACUGCCUGCAGUUUCUCAUCGAGCCAGCCAAAAAGCUUAAGAUCCGACUCAAGGAGUCUCGUAAGAAAGUGAAGCACGAGAAGAAGGAGCCCCUGGUGGAAAGUCAGUUGUUUAUCAUGGAGCUGGCCCGGGAGCUGAACAGAAUCUGCCAGAAAUCCAACAUCCUGGGCCACAUCUGGACCUGCGAGGACGUCUGGCCGGCCAGCGUGUGCCGCGACUUCAUCGUGGACUGGGCCGCGGUUCUGGAGAAGAGAGUACAGAAGAAGAUCAUGCCCUCAGACUACCAGUAUGAGAAGCCAGAGAAGAGGGACUGGAAGGGACACCUCCUGUGCAUCCUGGAGACGGGGGGCGAGUACGACAUGGGGCCCUACAAGCGGGUCAUCAUGGACUGGACCCGGGAGAUUAAAAGCAGGCCCCAGCCCACCGUGUGGCCCGGCGAGCCGGUGCUGAUGAUGCUGGACGACCUGGAGUUCCAGUGGAAGAGAGGCCGCCUGCCCAACCUGCUCCCGGCCAUGGAGCUCGUCAUGCUGGCCGUGCUGAACGCCGACAGCCCCACCAAGGAGGACGUGACAAAGCAGUGGCUGGUGAAGAAGCAGAGGAACCAGAGGAUCGAUGCCGUCCGCUACAUCCCCCACAAUGUGUGGAACUGGAUUUGUGAUGCAACAGAGGACGUCUGUCUGGACUCCGACUCUGCCAACCCGGACCUGCUCAUCUCCGGCGACGACAAGCGGAUGCGGUGCGGCCUGCAGCGCCGGGACGUGCCGCGCUGCCAGCAGCGCUUCGACGGCUGGUGGUGCGCCGUGGGGCAGGAGGCCUACGCCUCCGGGCGCCACUACUGGGAGGUGGAGGUGGGCGAGCGGGACUGGCGGCUGGGAGUGGCCAAGGCGUCCGCCGUGAGACAGGGCUUCCCCUCCCUGAACACCAACACGGGGUACCUGACGCUGCGCUUGGAGCGGGGCACGGACCUGAAGGCCCUGACCGUGCCCUCCACCCCUCUGCCGCAGAGCCUGGCGCCCCAGAAGGUCGGCGUGUACCUGGACUACGAGCAGGGCCAGCUGUCCUUCUACGACGUGGACAAGCGCUCGCAUUUGUUCACCUACAACGAGAACUUCACGGAGGAACUGUUCCCUCUGUUCGGGACGGUGGAGGUGGUGAAGGACCUGCUGAUCAGGCCGGCGGGGGUCCGACAGCCGUGCCUCUGCCCCGGCCCGUGCCUGUGGACCUGAACCGCCCCCAUCCCCGGCAUCCAUUUCAUCCUGGCGGACUUGGACCUUCGUCUUCUCGCUCCGGACUAACUGACUCUUGCUGUGAGGUGCCUCCCGUGUUCGGGAACCAGAACCGCCAUCCCUCUGCAUCACAACGUCCGUUUCUCUGCCUUCAUGGAGACAUGCAAACAUUUAACCAUUUGUAUUUUGGAGAUCAAUAUUUUAUGCCGUAAGGAAACUUUAAAAGAAUCUAGAGUUUAAUGCCACACGUGAAUAUGGAAAUGCUUUUACCCGAAGUUUUUGUUGUAGAACUUGAAAGAUGGAGGCGCUGUGGAGGAUGUUUGAGCAGCUUGUGUACGGCCGUCCGGUGCCUGCGCGCGUUAGCAGACCCCCGGCUACAGGUAAUCUCAGUCUGGACCGACGCAUGUGAGCAGCUAAUCUCUCAAACGCUGUUCGACUCUUUGACUCCAGCUUCCUGCAAACACUGUCAGCCGCAGUCUUGUUUGCGCAGCUGUGCUUCGUUUGUUUGUGUGAUAUAAAGACGGCAACGUCCUUUUUUUUUUUCUCUCUCUAAAAUAUAAAUAAACUACAAAUCUUGCAUUUGAUGGCACAUCAUUU